AUGUUUUUCAAAAGCCUGCUACAUGCGAUCCGCCGGUUCUCGGUGGCGCCUGUGGUUCGCUCCUCCUACACAGCUACUCCUCGAACUACCUUGACUGACCUCAGGUCUCUAUACGAGACCAAAAAGCCCAUCACCGUUGUCACUGCGUGGGACUUUCUUACGGGACAAAUCGUGGACAAGGCCAAAGCAGAUAUUGCGCUUGUGGGCGACUCGUUGGCGAUGGUGGCGCUUGGAUAUCCAGACACCAAUGAGAUCGAGCUUGACGAGAUGUUAUACCAUGUGAGGGCAGUGAACCGAGGAAACCAGUCGUCGUUCAUUGUGGCAGACAUGCCAUUUGGAACGUACGAGAAGUCAACAGAACAGGCAGUUGAAACUGCCAUCAAGGUUGUGAAAUACGGCAAGGCUCAGGCAGUGAAGCUUGAAGGUGGUCAGGAAAUGGCUGACACCGUGAGGGCAAUUGUAAGAGCUGGCGUGCCUGUUAUGGGACACAUUGGAUUGACGCCGCAAAAACAUCAUACACUUGGAGGGUACAAGCUACAAGGCAAUAGCGCUGAGAGUGCUCGUAAGCUCAUCGACGAUGGGUUGGCAUUGGAGGACGCCGGUGCUUUUGGCAUGAUUGUAGAGUGUGUUCCCAAUAAACUAGCGGGCAUUGUAACAGAGGCGGUUAAGAUUCCCACGGUGGGGAUUGGAGCAGGUCCAUAUGUUUCGGGCCAAGUACUUGUGCUCGCCGAUAUGCUCCAGAUGAACGACCCAGACAAUUACAAGCUCGCUAAGUUUGUCAAGCCGUAUAUGCGGUUCUUUGAAGAUGCAACGAAAGCUGUUUCUCAAUAUAAGCAGGAUGUCGUGGACAAGGUGUUCCCCAAUGCCGAUCAGAACGGUUAUAAGAUGAAAUCAGAAAUUUUGCGAGACGCUCGCCAGUACGCUGAGUCAAAGAAACAAGCAGAGCUUUGA